AUGGAACCAGAAAAUCAAACAGCAGUCUUAGAAUUCCUCCUCCUGAGACUCUCAGAAAAGCCAGAGCAUCAUGCCUUCCUCUUUGGUCUGUUCUUGUCCAUGUACCUGAUCACUGUCUUUGGGAACCUGCUCAUCAUGCUGACCAUCAUCUCAGACUCCCACCUCCACACACCCAUGUACUUCUUCCUCGCCAACCUCUCCCUCAUUGAUGCCUUCUUCUCAUCUACCACUGUCCCCAAGAUGCUGGCAAACCUCUGGUCCCAGAGCCGAGCCAUCCCUUUUGCCGGCUGCCUUGUUCAGAUGUAUGCCUUCCACCUGUUCGGGAACAUGGACAGCUUCCUCUUGGCCAUGAUGGCCAUUGACCGGUUUGUGGCCAUUGUCUACCCUCUGCGCUACUUGGUCAUCAUGAGCCCCCGUGUCUGUGGGCUGCUGGUCGGUGGGCCAUGGCUGAUCUCCAACCUCCAGUCACUCGUGCACACCUGCCUCAUGGCUCAACUGACCUUCUGCGCAGGCUCUGAAAUUCCCCACUUCUUCUGUGACCUCAUGCCCCUGCUGAAGCUCUCCUGCUCCGACACACACACCAACGAGUUGGUGAUCUUUGCUUUUGGCAUCCUCAUGGGCAUCAGCCCACUCGCAUGCAUCCUCAUCUCUUACACCUGCAUCUUCUGGGUGGUCUUCAAGAUCCCUUCUUCUCAGGGCAAAUGGAAAGCCUUCUCCACUUGUGGCUCCCACCUCACUGUGGUGUCACUGUUCUAUGGCACCAUCUUCGCCGUGUACUUGCAGCCCGCAUCUCCGUCUUCCUCCCAGAAGGACAAGGCGGCUGCCCUGAUGUGCGGUGUGGUCAUCCCCAUGCUGAACCCCUUUAUCUACAGUCUAAGGAACAAGGACAUAAAAGCAGCCCUGAGGAAGCUCCUCAGCAGAACCACCUCUCAGUCCUAG